GUGUCGCGAGCGGGUGGCGCGAGGCAAGAGGGCGAGCGAGAGGGAGCGGGAGCAGUAAGGAUUGGGGCGCUUCCUGUCGUUGGCGUUAGCCUAAAAAGAAAAAGCCCGAAAGAAGCUAAAUAGAUCGAAGACCGAAAAAAGGAAUUGUUUUUUCAAAGAAAUAUACAGUGAAGGAAAACUUGAUUCAAAGAGAUAUAUUGCUUCGUUGGUUUGUUAGUUAGUCGUGUUAUAGAGCCUUGUAACGUUUUAACGAACGGUUGUGUCGAGGCCGAAUGUCGUUUCAAUGCGACGAAAAUGGUGAAGUGUGGGAAAAAGUGGGCAUUGAGUGAACGCUUCGAUCUAUCGAAUCAUGACAGAGGCGUCUGAGGAUGGAAAUUACUUGGUGAGGGUACAAGCCCAGGUAAUGACGAGGGACGACAGUACAGGCGGAUGGGUACCUUUAAGCGGAGGUGGCCUCGCAAAUGUCUCAGUGAGACGGCGAGCCAUCUCCGUUGCUUUUCAUCCGCCUGGAUGUACUAACGGAUCAAGGUCACCUACUCUACCAUCCACAACUCCGACACAUUCAGCGACUAGCGCUGUCACCAAUAGUCAAACCGGACAUGGAUCAUCCACGAGUUCACCCCCGGGAACAACCAAAAGAAGAUAUGAAUACUUGAUAUAUGGAAAACGAAUCACCGACCAAUCGGUUGUUCUUAGCUGUACAAUUAAAAAGGACUUUCAAUACAAUAAAGUGAUGCCAACUUUUCAUCAUUGGCGUACUGGAGAGAAAAAAUUUGGACUGACAUUUACAACAGCGGCAGAUGCGAGAGCCUUUGACAAAGGAGUUAAAACAGCUGUGGAAGAGUUGUUGGAAGGUUUGGCGGACGAUGAUCUCCACGGUUGUCACACAGAUGUAGACGAGGACGACGUUUUUGUAACGCUUAAUUUACCAGUGGACAAUCCGGACGCCCGACAGUCGGCGGAAUCUCGUCGGGGGAUCGUACAAACCUCGAAUUACGAAACGCAGUGUACGGGUUUUGCGGAUCCGUAUAGACCGAUUAAUUACGAGACUAGCACCGACAAUUAUCCAUACGUACAAUUGACUCCGUUGAAUCAUGAUUACAUGUAUCCGGUAAUCGACGACCACAAAGGUGAUCGCGUAACUGAUCGACGAAAUUCUGCAAGUUCACUCAAAAAGCCGGAUAUUAUUGUCACGCAACCGACGAAAAAUGCGGGGAAACGAGGCAAUGUUAGAUUACGAUGCAAACAUUGCCAAGAGCUUUACGCAGAAGAGCACAACCCAAAGGGAUCGUGCGAAUACUCACCCGAUCCUAUAAGACGGUGUAUCGAUACUGUUUCUUGUUUAUUGUGCGCACAAUGUAUGCUCUAUCAUUGUAUGAGCGACGCAGAGGGAGAUUUCGCUCAAAACCCUUGCAGUUGUAGCAUGGAAGAAGGUUGCUGCAGACGGUGGUUCGGUCUGGCUCUCUUGUCAGUGAUAGCGCCAUGUUUGCUAUUAUAUCCGCCGUUACGCGCGAUUCAUCGUUGCGGAAUGUCAUGUGGAAUCUGCGGAGGUCGUCAUCAUCCGAUGGAAUAACUGGAAACGCCCUUUUAUAUCUCUGAACCGUUUUUGCUCGAGCCAAGACGUUCGUCGGAGGGUACACGAAAUAGUACAGUUCCGAAUGUUUACGAAUGCCACGAUUUGAGCAUGGGACGUUGUCAGAGAUAUCAAAGGGGCAGACAAUUUCCGGUUCACGCUCUUAUUCAUCAACGUCAUCUUUGAAGAAUUGGCCUCCAUGGAUCAACCCAUUACAGACCCUGCCGAGCAAGGGAACAACGAGCGAAAAAAAACGAAACGAAGACGGCGAUUGAGCAACAAAAGAUAAUACGCAACAACUAAAACCACGAAACGAUUGCAACGCGCACAUACGUUUCUAACGCGAUUCACGCAUUGUACAGUUUGUAUAUUUUAUUCUUUUCUCUCUCUCUCUCUCUCUCUCUCUCUCUCUCUCUCUCUCUUUCUCUCUCUUCCUCUUUCCUAUCUCUUUCAUAAGCACAAAACAACAAAUCUUUAACUUUUAUUUUCUAUUUUUUACCGUUAUUUCAAUAUUUAUUCAACUACAAAGAGAAAUCAAUCGAUUCCGGUAUGUAACGACAAUUGUCCGGGUUUUUCGAGACUUGUUAAUGCUGGGACGAUAUUUCAGAGUAUUAUGUGAAAAAUAAAAGUGUUCUCCUUAAGAAGUGAUUACGAAAAACGCACUGCAUAACCGAACAUCUCUCGCGCCCACACAAGAACUUUGCAUUCCUCUGAGUUUUUCAAAUUCUCACCACUUUCAACGUACAAUUAUUACGAUAAGUUACGCCAAUUAUUCAACGCAAAUAUUAACGUUCCAUUAUUAUUUGCGAUCCCCCAAAAAUAAUUAUUCUUCUAAUGCUUCUCCUCUUGUAUUCGCAAUCUCGAAAGUCCCGAGAAUAUUUUUGUUACCUUCAAUUCACAUUGAGAUUGAAGCUUUUUUUUCACUUCGAAUUUCCUCAUCCCUGUUCGUUCUUCGAAGGUGAUCCAAAAGUCGGUAACAAUACGCGCGAGUGUAAAAGAGGUGUCUAAAACGUUUGUCUUCAAAUACCAAGCGUGUACGAGGUACGUGAAUCGACUUUUUCACCGACCGCGACAUUUAUAGAUCACCUAAGAUAUUGAUGAGUAAUUACUAUCCUUUGAGUAAUUUUUUUCUGAAUAUGAUCUAUCAUUUCUCGAAAUCCCUAUAACUCCAGAGUAAUUCCCAGUUUAUUGUCUGGUAAAUCAUUUUAAACGUCACUCGACAACAAUACGAUUUUUAUUAUUGAAAAAAAACAUAUGACAAAAUCGACCAAUCUCGAGUAUACAUCCCUCCACGUUUUGCCUUGCCCGAUCGAAAAUUUUCUUUUCAAUACUUGGCGCCACGACGCUACUGCGCGUCUCUAGAUCUGCUCGAUGACACAACUCGUAACAGAAGUGUGCUAUUCAUGUUUUUCACUUAGUUUAGGCACAGAAAUCAUAUUAGCUCAAAUAUUUUCUGUCUGUAGGGAAUUUCUAUCGUUCGAUUACGAAACUGAAAAUUUGAACAAUGUUUCAAGAAAACUAUUCAGUUUUUAAGAAGACCGCGAUUUCUUUAAAUUCACAGAAGUGAAAAUAAAGAAUAUUUUCACUUCUGUGGGUUAAACGACUCUGACAAAACGUGAAAAAUUUAUUCAGCUGAUUGAAAAACGUUAUUGACGUCCAAUCGUACAGAAUUCACUUUUGUUCGUUAUUUUUUCUUUUAUUUUUGUUCUACCGACUCAACUAACUUCAUUCAGGAUAUAUUAACAGAAUCUGCGUUGAUAUCGCGUUUUCGAAACGUCGUGUAUCGAAUCGCCGUUCUCGUAUAUUCGAAAUUUUCGACAUUUGUAAACAACAACUUAGCGAAUAAAACUCCGAUUCUUCGAGUUUAAGGGAAAAGAGGAAAAAAACUCGCAAUGAAAGAAGAAAAAAUGACAAAAAUGUCGAUCGAAUCUCGCGUGAUUGAGGAAAAAUUUCAACGUGAUGCAAGACAGAAAUAACAGAAAAAAAUGAAUCCUUCCUCCACUUCCACAAAUCCCCUCGACCUUUAUCUCAGACAUAAAAGUUCAAGUAUUCUCUCGAGUUUCGACAAUGUUACGAUAUUUUAAAAACUCCGAGGUUUACGAACGAACGAGAAAUGUGAACAAAACAAAGAUGAAAAGAAAUAAGAUAAGCGAUUUUAACAGUCGAGAAUUCUGUACCCCGCUGUGUGUUUUUAAGCUUUCUGUGUCUCAUAAUUGCCAAUUGCGCCGAUCGGACCCGCGCCCCCGCCCCUUUUCCAUCUCGCCCCUUCAUGUAAAACACCAAUUUUACAUCAAUGUGUACACAAAAAACUUGUCGUUAAAAUUUCAUUACGAUAAGAUGCUAAGAAAACGAAAAUGAGAAAAAUAAGAAUAUUAUACUGGCGAAGAAACGGUUCAAUAGUUUUUUUAUUUCACAUCCCGAAAUAUCGCGAUAGGUGAAUAUCGUCUUUGAUCCCGGGUGAAAAAAAUGCACGUAAUUGUUACUUUUUUUAUAUUCUCUCACUUUUGUUACGUGCCGCGCAUUUCGCAAAUCUUUUGUUUUAUUGUUUCUUUUUUUCUUUGCUCAUAAUCGCGAAAAUCUCCCAGGUGAAUUUUGAAUCCAAUGAAAGUAUAAAUUAAAAUGACAAACAAACAAAUUACGGAUCAAGGUUUUAUUUAGGGUUCGAUCUUUCAUUGGUCCAUUAUCGCACUGCGAGAUGUGACACUAUUUUCCGCGAGCAUUUUCGCUUAAAAAAGAAAAUUAAAAAAAAAAAAAAAAAAAAGAACCACGCUAAUGAACACGUGGAGCAUGAAAAUAUUUGGAGAAUUUUCUUUUUUUUAAGAAACAAAAAAUAACACCAAAAGAAAAACAAAAUGAAACAAAACAAAAAUAAUAGGGUGUGUUCGAUUUUAUAUUGACUUUUUACAGUUUUUUAUAUGCAAGAAGUAACAAUUGAUUUCUACGGGUUCAGAGGAAUCGAUCGUCACUUUUUGAUUUAGAAAUAGCACCUGUACAUUGAACGAUAAUUAUUUUAUUAUUAUUAUUAUUAUUAUUAUUAUUAUUAUUAAUUAUUGCAUUUUUUACGUGCACGCCGACUUAUGUGAUCGAGUAAAGAAGUCUAAUAAGAGUCCAGUGAUAAGUGUUUCAGUUUGAAAACAAACUUCGUCUUCGUUCAUUCGUUCUUUCUCUUUGUUUUAAUUUUCAAAAUUGACUUUUUUUUCCGAAAUUAAUGCCGGCAUGAUUUCCCCAAAGUUUCAAACUUUAUAGCCGACCGAUGGGUCGCGAAAGUAUUUUUAUCUUUUGCUGAGCAUUGACACUGGAAGUCGAUGAAGAAAGAAGGAAUAAAAAACAAUUAAUCGUUGAUCGUUGACAAUUUUUUUCUCUUCAUGGUCGCCCGUAAGUAAGGAGAUAGAAAAAAAAAACUAGACAACUCCGUUUUACCCCCUUAAUUGAAAAAUUUGUUGCACUCCCGCGCAUCAAGGGUAUUUAAAAAAAAAAAUUAUAACGAGGCGACAAAAAACGAGAUUCUGAGAGAUAUUCAAAGCUGCAGAAUCGACAUUAUCUCGAAUCAUGUGUAUAUAUAUAUACAACGUAUUGUUUACUGCCAUAAACAACGGUUUAUUGAAUCGUCCACAAAGUAAUCAUCUUCCGUUCCCGUCUCCCGGACCCGAAGAUCCUCCCAUCACCUUUAUUAUUUACUUUCCAUCUUUUCAAACACUAAUUUCAAAUAUUUGCCUUGUUCAAUGUAACAUAUAUAUAUAUAUAUAUAUAUAUAUAUAUGUGGUACAAACGGUAAAUUUUAAUAUCGUCGAGACACGUAUUUACAGAGAUAUACACACAAACACACACACGCGCGCGCGCGCGCGCGAACAUUAACACCUUCGUCUUUAGUUAUGAAUAAGUACAAAAGCUAUUUUCCCAAUAAGUCGUAAGUCGUUGUGAUGACUAUUACCAAAUGAGAAUAUGUCGGUGUGUAUGAUAUUUGCCGUGUGGGUGUGAGUGAGCGGAAAUACGUCACGAUGUAGGAAGUAUAUAGAGCGUGAGAAUGUUGUUGUUGUUGUUCGAACGAGUGGAUGAUGUUUUUAUUUAAGUUGCUUUUCUUGUCGAGUACGCGUGUCGAAGUGAGGCUGAAUUAUAACAAACAAAAAAUUCGUAAACAGAACAACAAAUACCAAUAUGUUAAUGAAUGAAAGAAAAAAAAGAGAACCACGUCUAUAAUUAUAUCGAUUUAUGACUGUAAACGGAAUGUUAUUAUUAUUAAAUGAAAAAAAUAAACAGAAAAAGAAAAAGAAGAAAAUGAUACUAAGUGAAUUAUGAUUGAAAAGGAGCGAUUUAUUAAUAUAGAGAGAUGCUCGAAGCGCGUCAUUGAUGAUGAUUAUUGACACAGACACAUAGAUGUACAUGUAUAAAAUUAAAGGGAAAAAAGAUGAAAUAAAUCUAUUCGUACGUAUACAACCACAUAUACAUAUGUAUAUUUAUACAUAUAAGGAUACGUGCACAAUGUAUAUUCAUAUAUAUCUUUAUAUGCAUAUGUAUAUGUAUGUGUAAAUUCAGAUUCGUAUGUUAAUAUUAGGAAAAACAAAUGCGGAAUCUUGUGAAAUUUUUCGAUUUGAAAAAUUCAUCGGGUCACAUCGAAAUGACGCUGCCCGCCGGUGACGAAGAUAGAAAAAAAAAUUGUACCGCGCGGGCAGCGUAUUGUCGCGACGUCUCUUGUAUAAUGUUAAUGCUGAAGCCCCUCGAAUAGGAUUUUAAUCCACAAAUUCAUGAUAUCAUAAAUGUUUAAAAUCUUGUAUCAUUGUAAUUACAACAACAAAAACAACAAAUGAGAAUGAAAGAAAAAAUUACACACGGAAAAACAAAAAGAAAAAAAUAUGAACCAUAAUCCAAAUGUACGAAGAAUAAAUAUAUUGUAUCAUGAUGGAUGAUUUAA